UCGCGGUCCCCGGGGAGCGGCCGGGGCGCCGAGGGGGAGCGGAGCGGAGCGGGGCGGGGAGCGGGGCGGUGCGCGGCCUUCCGCCGUGAUUGGCAGCGGCUGACAGUGAGUGGCAGCCCCGCCAUGGAAACCCGGGAGCCAAUCUGCCGAGCCCGCAGCAAAUCAGCCGCUCCCGCAGCAGCGCGGCGGCGGCGGGGAGCUGCGCUUGUGCUUUUUCUGGUUUCCUUUUUUCCUUCUUCUUUUUUUUUUUCUCCUCUUUUUUUUUUUUUUUUUCCUUCCCUCCCUCCCCCCCCGCCCGCCCUCCCUCCCCGCUCCAUCCUCCUCCGCCUCGCCCCUGCCCACCGCCCCCAGUCGCCGGAGCUGCCGAGCGGUCCCCAUCGCCUCUCCGCCCUCCGCCGUCCCUCCCGCCGCAGCUCUGACGGCGCCGGCGGAGGCAGCAGCGGAGCGAGGGGCGGCCCGGGGCCGCUGCCCCUUCCCCGCCGCGGGGCUGUGUGCGGUGGCGGCGAGCAUCGCCGGGGGUGCGCGGAGCGCGGAGCGGAGCCCGGCGCCGCCUCCAUGUUCCAGCUGCCCAUCCUCAAUUUCAGCCCGCAGCAGGUGGCCGGGGUAUGCGAGACCCUGGAGGAGAGCGGGGACAUCGAGCGCCUGGGGCGCUUCCUUUGGUCCCUGCCCGUGGCCCCCGCGGCCUGCGAGGCGCUCAACAAGAACGAGUCGGUGCUGAGAGCCCGGGCCAUCGUGGCCUUCCACACGGGGAACUACCGGGAGCUCUACCACAUCCUGGAGAACCACAAGUUCACCAAGGAGUCCCACGCCAAACUGCAAGCCCUCUGGCUGGAAGCGCACUACCAGGAGGCGGAGAAGCUGCGGGGCCGACCCCUGGGGCCGGUGGACAAGUACCGGGUGAGGAAGAAGUUCCCGCUGCCCCGCACCAUCUGGGACGGCGAGCAGAAGACACAUUGCUUCAAGGAGCGGACGAGGCAUUUGCUGCGGGAGUGGUACCUGCAGGACCCUUACCCCAACCCCAGCAAAAAGCGGGAACUGGCUCAGGCCACGGGACUUACCCCCACGCAAGUGGGCAACUGGUUCAAAAACCGCAGGCAAAGGGACAGGGCAGCAGCCGCUAAGAACAGGCUACAGCAGCAGGUCCUAACGCAGGGCUCGGUGCGCUCGCUGCAAGCGGAGGAGGAGAGCGGCGGGGAGGCGGUGGGGGCCGCCUCCAGCCCCGCAGCCAGCCUCUCCAGCAAAGCGGCCACCUCCGCCAUCUCCAUCACAUCCAGCGACAGUGAAUGUGACAUCUGACACCACCGCCGUGGCAAACCGCGGGGAGAGGGAGGCCCGGCUCGCCGGUGCCUGCAGACACGGCCGGAGCAGCGGGGCUGGCAGU